CUGGGACGACCUUCUUUUGUCGAGAACUGCCUGCGUUUGAUUUUCGAGCUGUGCCAACACCCGCUGAUCAGCCAAGCCACUUUGGCCCAUUUGGAGACCCGCUGGUACUACAAAUGCCAGGUGUGUGGGUACACCGACCUCAUCAGCGGCACACAAUUUGCAUGCUCCUGUGCCUCGGCAGCCCUGGCGCGGCUGGACCAGGAGUCCUUCCUAACGCUAAUGCUUAACCAUGUGGUCGGUAUCAGCCAGAAGAAUCUGUCUCGUGAUAGUAUGUUACGCACACCGACUCAGAGACAGGACAGGGCCUCUGGCGACGAGAGUGUGAGUACACUGUACCAGACCACGUGGCUGCUGAAGAUCGUGGCGAUCUUGCUGCGCACGCGUUGCCAUGGUAACGUGGACGCGAACCAGGGCUUGGCGGGGGGUGGCGACGCUUAUCAAAGUGUUUUGAACACACUCUUGCCAGCCACCCACUUCGGAGAUGACCCUGAGACCGCACCCCAACAGUGGGAUGAGAGGGAUGCG